GGCUUCAUGCAUAAAUCUUGAUCAACAAUGGUAAUAAACUUUUUCAGUCAAUAUAGCUUUCUGAUAAUAAAAUAAAAAGUAUACAUAUCUUCUUCUCUUCUUCUUUCAGAUAGUGGCCAUACCCCACUUUUGCCUCCACCAUCUCCUCCAUAACCAGGCUCUUCCCUUUAUAAAUACCCUUCUUAAGGGAGUGUGUCCUUCACACUUAUCACUUUAAUCUCUUCUCCUCCUCUUCUUCUUCAUCAGUAUCACUGUCAUAAUACAUUUUAAUCAUUUCAAACCCUUGAUCAUUUUCUUCCAUGGCAGCCAACACCAGCAGGUUCCCUCUGGCUGUUAAUGAUGUUGAGCAACAAGCCACUGUAUUAGAGCUAGAACCCACGAAGGAUCAGGACUUCGACUAUUCAAAAAGAGCACAAUGGCUACGAGCUGCAGUUCUUGGUGCCAACGAUGGUCUGGUCUCCACUGCAUCACUGAUGAUGGGUGUUGGUGCUGUGAAACAAGACAUCAAGGUCAUGAUACUUACUGGAUUUGCUGGACUAGUAGCUGGAGCUUGUAGUAUGGCAAUAGGUGAGUUUGUGUCUGUGUACUCACAGUUGGACAUAGAGUUGGCUCAAAUGAAGAGAGACAAGCAAAGAGGAGGUAAUAAUAAUGAAGGAAAACAAGAAAAUGGAGGUCAUGAAGAAGAAGAAGAAGAGAAGGAGAGUUUGCCUAAUCCACUGCAAGCAGCUGCAGCCUCAGCUCUUGCAUUUUCAGUUGGGGCAAUGGUGCCACUAUUAGCUGCUUCUUUUAUAAGAAACUAUAAGCUGAGACUAGGUGCUGUAGUUGGUUCAGUGAGUCUGGCUUUGCUGGUGUUUGGGUGGUUAGGGGCUGUGUUGGGGAAGGCACCAGCGGUUAGGUCCUCUGCUAGGGUUUUGGUUGGUGGUCUAAUGGCUAUGGCCAUAACCUUUGGACUAACCAAGUUGAUUGGUUCCAGCGGUCUGUGACUUGCCUUUUGUUCAAACUCCUCUCCAACUUUAAAGAGUACUAUUUCAGUAUCACAAAUCAAAGAUAACUAAUUUUCUUUUUUUUUUCUUUUAAUUUCCUUUUUUAAAAAAAAAUAAUUGUGUGAGAAUAUUUAUCUGAACUAGAUUUAUAUGUACUCGUUGUAUAUUUAACUAAUGAAAUCUAUAUGAAAUCUCAUAAAUUUAUAUUAUGAGUUUG